AUGAGGUGGGCCGCCUUAACACCGCCCGUUACGGUGGUCUUUGACGCCUUCAGGAGUGCCAUUUGCAACAUGUUGCGCCAUUCUACUCUUGUGGAGAUGCAAACAAGAGUUGAAGGAGAACAAAGAAUCAUAAACCCGGAGCUAUGGCAGGCCUGCGCCGGGCCGCUGGUGAACUUGCCGCCGGCGGGGACCCACGUGGUGUAUUUCCCUCAAGGCCACAGCGAACAGGUUGCUGCGUCUAUGAAAAAGGACGUUGAUGCUCAAAUUCCAAACUAUCCAAAUCUUCCCUCCAAGCUGCUAUGUCUCCUUCACAGUGUCACCUUGCAUGCUGACCCUGAAACGGACGAGGUUUAUGCGCAGAUGACACUUCAACCUGUAACCUCAUUCGACAAGGAAGCUUUAUUGAGAUCAGAUCUUGCCCUGAAAUCCAAUAAGCCCCAACCGGAGUUUUUUUGUAAAACAUUGACUGCCAGUGAUACUAGCACUCAUGGAGGUUUCUCUGUUCCCCGCCGUGCUGCAGAGAAGAUUUUUCCUUCUCUUGAUUUCAACAUGCAACCACCUGCUCAAGAAAUCGUUGCCCGGGAUUUGCAUGAUACUGUUUGGACCUUUCGUCAUAUCUAUCGGGGGCAACCAAAACGCCACUUGCUUACAACAGGAUGGAGCCUAUUUGUUAGUGGGAAGAGGCUUUUCGCUGGUGAUGCUGUCUUGUUCAUUAGGGAUGAAAAGCAGCAGCUUCUCUUAGGCAUUAGACGUGCUAAUAGGCAACCGACCAACCUAUCAUCAUCAGUUUUGUCAAGUGACAGUAUGCAUAUUGGGAUUUUGGCAGCUGCAGCUCAUGCUGCUGCGAACAAUAGCAUCUUCACAGUGUUCUACAAUCCUAGGGCUAGUCCAUCAGAAUUUGUUAUCCCUUUGGCUAAGUACUACAAGGCAGUUUGUGCAAACCAACUAUCGUUGGGCAUGAGGUUUCGUAUGAUGUUUGAAACUGAAGAGUCAGGAACAAGAAGGUACAUGGGUACAAUUACAGGAAUCAGUGAUCUUGAUCCUGUUAGAUGGAAGAACUCACAAUGGCGUAAUUUACAGGUUGGUUGGGAUGAGUCAACUGCUGGGGAAAGGCGUAAUCGGGUCUCAAUCUGGGAAAUUGAGCCUGUUACUGCUCCAUUUUUCAUCUGUCCCCCACCAUUCUUCAGAUCAAAGCGUCCUAGGCAACCGGGAAUGCCAGAUGAUGAAUCCUCUGAUUUAGAUAACAUUUUUAAGAGGACAAUGCCUUGGCUUGGUGAUGAUAUGUGCAUGAAGGAUCCCCAGGUUAUACCUGGCCUAAGUUUAGUUCAGUGGAUGAACAUGCAGCAAAAUUCCUCUGUUGCUAGCUCUAUGCAGCCAAAUUAUAUGCACCCUUCAUUUUCUGGUUCUGUUAUGCCGAACCUUACUGGUGUGGAUCUUUCUCGGCAGAUGGGCUUGUCAGCUCCUCAAUUACCACAGCCAAAUAAUUUACAGUUCAAUGCCCAGAGGUUACCUCAGCAAGUGCAACAGCUUGACCAACUACCAAAGAUGCAGUCCACUAUGAACCCAUUAGCAUCCAUGGUACAACGACAGCAACAGAUGGGCGAUAUGACACAAGUAGCCAGGCAAAAUUUGGUUAAUCAAAGUCUACCCUCCAGCCAAGCUCAGUCCCCGCUUCUGCAACCUCAGUCCCCGCUUCUGCAACCUCAGUCCCUUGCCCAGGCUAACAGUAUUCUUCAGCAGCAAUCUUCUACUCAAAAUCAACUUCAAAGAAACCUUCCUCAGAACCUGCAGCAGCACCAACAACAACAGCAACAACACCAACAACAGCAGCAGCAGCAGCAGCAUCACCAACAAAAUGUGGGUCAGAAUCAACAGCAAAAUUUUAUUCAGACUCCACUGCCUGAUCAAAUGAACCCACAAUUACAACAUCUCUCUGAUAAUCAGCUUCAACUUCAAUUAUUACAGAAGCUUCAGCAGCACCAGCAAUCAUACUUAGCACAGCAGGCACUGCAACAGCAGCCUACUCAACUUCUCCAGCUCCAGGACCAGCAGAGGCAAUUGUUAGAUGUGUCUCAGAGCUUCCCGAGACCCUCAACUCCAAGCGAAAUGCAAGAUAUGCCUCUAUCGGCACCAAUCUCACAUCCUCAGUCAAGAACGAUGCCACAGCAGAUGACUAUUUAUAAUAAUAACCAACCUAAUGGUCGGUUUUCGCAUUUACAGCCACAGUCAAAGCUUCAACAGCAGCAACCUGGUAUUUUGGCUGACAUGUCGGGGCAUAUGGGACUUCCUCCAACUGGCUCAACCAAUCAGCUCUCUAGAGCUGGUAGCGGUAUGAUGGCAGGAGUUGCAGGAGCAGGGCAGUCUGGGUUAACAGAUGAGGGUCCAUCAUGUUCCACUUCACCCUCCACAAACAACUGUCCAACUGUAGUUCAACCAUUGACGAACAACAGGGCUCAUCGAAACUCAUUAACCGGGGAAGACAUGGCUCAGUCUGCCAACAUGGUUAUGAGUUCAAGUGCCUUGGAAACAAUGCCAUCUAAUGGUAACUUAGUGAAAGGGUUUCAGCAUAAGUCUGAAGUCAAGCCUUCAGUGAACAUCACUAGGAGCCAAAGUCAAGGGAUGCUUAACCCACACACAUACCUGAAUGGUGUAGCUGCCCAAACAGAUUACUUGGACACUUCGUCUUCAACAACUUCAGCUGGCCUCUCUCAGAAUGAUGUCCAUUUACAGCACAAUAAUACCCCAUUGGCUUUCAAUCCACAGUCAAUGUUGUUCAGAGAACCUAGUCAAGAAGUGGAAGCUCAGGUUGAUCAGAGAAAUAAUGUUUCAUAUGGUUCUAACAUUGAUAGCCAAUUGGGAAUACCAUUGAGUUCUGAUCCUUUGUUGGAAAAGGGCAUAGUGGGGAUAGGGAAGGAUAUUACGAAUAAUAUUACUUCAGGAAGCAUGAUUGGCAACUUUGAAAAUUCCAAAGAUGCUCAGCAGGAGCUCUCAUCUUCAAUGGUUUCCCAGUCCUUUGGAGUUCCAGAUAUGACAUUUCAGUCAAUUGACUCCACUAUAAAUGAUAGCAGUUUUCUGGACGGUGGUGCCCCAUGGGCACCAGCAGCACAAUUUCAGCGCAUGAGAACGUACACCAAGGUGUACAAACGUGGAGCUGUUGGGAGAUCUAUAGAUAUUACACGCUAUUCUGGUUAUGAUGACCUCAAACAUGAUCUGGCUCGUCGGUUUGGCAUAGAAGGACAGCUAGAGGACCGAGGGAGAGUAGGUUGGAAACUAGUUUAUGUAGAUCAUGAGAAGGAUGUUCUGCUAGUUGGAGAUGACCCUUGGGAGGAGUUUGUGAACUGUGUUCGGUGCAUCAAGAUUCUGUCCCCACAAGAAGUCCAGCAGAUGAGCUUGGAUGGAGAUUUUGGGGGCAAUACAGUGCUCCCAAAUCAAGCUUGCAGCAGCUCGGACGGUGGAAAUGCCUAGUAUAGUGUACCAAAAUCCUGACAAUUUUUCUUCCUCCAUAGGAGCAUAAAAUAUAUGGGUGUAUAUCUUUCAUGGUGAUCAGCAGCGGAUAAGACCACAAUUUGGUCUCUGGUUACAUGCCACUUGCCACUUUCGACUGCCUGGAGCAUGCCAAUAUAAGAAGUGAUCAUUUGAUAUUAGAGUGGCUUCUAACUUUUUGGCACAACCCUAACAUAAGCACUGGAAUGAAGCUGAAGUUCUCAAAACGUAGUACCCAUACACGAGAUUUCUUGAUGUUCUAGUAGAUUCUGUUCAGGGGCGGGCCGAUGUCUCCGCCACUGACGAACUUGUUAUGGUAUGCUUGUAUUUGUUGAUGCCAUAAUGCUGUUGUAAAAUCAGUAUCAAAGUUCAUUGUCCUUUGAUUGAUUUUUUCCCCUUC